CGCGCCCCGACAGGUCCACAGUCGAGGCUCAGGCGGCGUAGCACCAUGGCGGACCACGCAUACAUGAAGAGAGCUGGUGAUAGGGACGAUAGCUUCAAAACUUUCGUAUGGAACCCUCAAACCAAACAAUUCCUAGGCCGUACUGGCUCUUCGUGGUUUAAGAUCGGCGUCUUCUACAUCAUCUUCUACGCUUGCCUGGCCGGGUUCUUCGCUAUCAUGAUGGCCGUCUUCUACCAAACCCUUGACACCAACCAUCUCCCCAAGUACACACCAGGUGACGGGGGCUCCCUCCUCAAGAACCCCGCCAUGGGUUUCCGGCCACUUCCAAGAGCGGAGAACGUGGAAUCGACUCUUAUUUGGUACAAGAACGGAGACAACGAUGACAUCAAGCAUUGGGUGGACCAGCUCAACAGUUUUAUCGAACCAUACGAGGGCACGAGUAAGAUCACCUCCGGCCAACACGUCACAUCUUGCUCUGAGGACAAGCUUCCAGAACCAGAGGAAGUGUGUCGCUUUGAGGACAAGUGGCUCUCCGAUAAGUGUCAGAAGGCAGAGAGCUGGGGAUACAACCGUGAAUCACCAUGCAUUCUCCUCAAGCUGAACAAGAUGAUCAAGUGGGUGCCUGAGGUAUACGAGACGCUGGAGGAGCUGCCAGAGAACAUGCCGCAGAGUCUCAAGGACCACAUUAAGUCCAGCAUGGAGCUAAACGGUGGCAAGAUCCCCAAGAUGAUUUGGGUGUCCUGUGAGGGAGAGAACCCCGCCGAUCAGGAAUAUAUUGGCCCCAUCCGCUACUCCCCCUGGAAUGGUUUCCCCGCCUACUACUUCCCCUACAUGCACACCCCCGGCUACCUCCCCCCCAUCGUGGCUGUCCAGUUCGACCAGCCCAUGUCUAACGUGCUCAUCAACAUUGAGUGCCGCGCCUGGGCCAAGAACAUCGUGCACGACCGCCAGAACCGCCUUGGUCUGGUGCACUUUGAGCUCCUGAAGGACUAGAGCGAUGCAGCACAGCACGGUGCGGCGCCGGCGGCCGCCCUUCUAGGCGCCUUCCCCGGGCUACAAUUUUCAUAUUGAGAAUUCAUAAAUUAUUACCUAUACCACUAUGAGAGUUGUUUUUAGGUGUGAAGAAAUUUUAACUGUGAAUAGUCUUGUCAAACUCCUCUUUUGUCAUGUAUUUUUUUAUUAUAAUAAAUGAAAACUGUCCCGACGGAAGCAGACAGUCGCGCGGGAGGCCGGCCGGGGCACGCGUGAGGGGCCCGCCCUGCCCCGCCCCGCCCCCCGUGCCCCGCGCCGGGCGGCGGUGCCCCGGCUGGCCGAGGGAUCCCAGGCUCCGCGGGACGUCUACUACGUUAAGGAAUUGUUAUGAGUAUUGUGUAAUUUUGUGUAAAUUUUGUGAAGUACAGUACAUACAGUAUAUUCCAGCGCCGCGCGGCACGGCGACGGUGCCGCGCGGCAGAGCCACGACACCACCAGCAGCAGCAGUUGUAGUCCGUAGCAAUUCCUUUGUCUAGCGUUGUGUAAAUAGUCUUGUACGCAGAGAGUAUCACUAUAUUUAAUGCAAUCAACGAGGGGCGCCCCGACGCCCGUCCGGCUAACCUGCGGCGCCGGCGGUGGCUGCCGUGGGGGGAGGGGGGAAUGAGAGAAACGGGGAGAGAAUAAAGGUGAGGCGCCGUGGGUCAGCCUGGCGGGGGGACGGGGUGCUGUCUUGCAAACGUUCAUCCACCCUCGGAAAAUGUGUUGUUUUCCGCAGUUGUUCUGGUUUUCAGCAAUAAAGAUCUUGACAAAUUUA